CCCUAUGUUGUUGUAAGAAUAAAUUCUAGUGAAACAUAAAAAAAAUAAUAAAACAUAUAAAAUUACGAAAAAAAUGCAAGUUUGUAGAGCUAUUUGGGCUGUGUGCCGAUCCAGGCAAGUCGUGAGGAACGUGUUAUCGAACGAGGCAUGGAACCGUUUCAACCGCAAAUCGUGCAGACAGAGAGGCAGGUGUUACAGCACCUGCCCUGCUGGGAUGAAAGUCACUAUUUGUGGAGCAGCUGGAUGCACAGGUCAACCUUUGGCGCUCCUGCUGAAGCAAUGUCCGUUGCUGGAUGAGAUCGCUCUGUACGACAUGUGCGCCACCUGUGGGUAUGGCAUGGAACUCAGUCACGUGGACACCAAAUGCAAGGUUUCUUCGUACUCGGGCCGGCACAUGCUGUGUGACGCGUUGCAGGAUUCCAAAGUGGUCGUUAUUAUGGCAAGAGACAGAUGUGACACUUUUGAACAUAGCUCGCCUGUCGUGACAGAGAUCGCACUGCAGAUAUGCAACACCUGUCCGACGUGCUUUACAAUAGUGGCAACCGAGCCGGUCGAAAGCAUGGUGCCUCUAGUGAGUGAGAUCCAGCGGCUGCGUGGGGUGUACAACCCUCGGCGGCUGCUCGGGUGCGUCGAACUGAACUGUGUUCGCGCGAACACUGUGCUCGCCGAUUUCCUGCGAGCGCCACCAGAGGCGGUGAGAGUGCCGGUCGUGGGAGGUGCCACGCCGAAUACGAUGGUGCCGGUGCUGUCUGCUGCUGUACAUCCGUGCACGAUGACCCAGGAACAGGUGGAAUGUGUGACGUCAUGCAUAAUGAGCGGUAACGAGGCCGUUUGUGCUGCUAAGGGCUGCUGCACAGAGACGGCUUGUCUGGCCGGCGCGUAUGCAGUGGCGCGAACUACUAUAAACGUGGUGAAGGGCCUGCAGGGGCAGAAGGACGUGGUGCAGUGCGCUUAUGUAGACAGCAUGGGAACGUGUGCGCCGGACUGCCAAUUCUUCGCUAGCGAGGAGGAGGUUCUCAAGUCGAGUCUUUUUUGCUGCUGCCUAGGUGCUACAAGGCUACGAAUAGAGACUACGGCAUUCCUGUGCAUAGACAGCCUUCUGCUACACGUAAUCGUGCCGUGCGUGCCGCCCACCAACUGGACCUGCGACUGCCCCGACUCGUACCACGACGAGUACUUAGCCUCGUUUGACACGUGUUACACGCCGCCCAUCGUGCCAUGCGCGUGCAAGCCGCCCACCAACUGGACUUGUAACUGCCCCGACUCGUGCCGCGACGAGUACCUAGCCUCGAUAUGUCGCGAGAUGACUUGCAAGUGUGGUUCCACGGAGCUGUGCUGGCGACCACGGCCCGUGGACUACGACUCGGCGCGCGCGUCCAACCUCACGCACCAAAUGCCGCUCAAAGGCAGCGCCUGCCACAUAUGCCAAGUGCCACGCAGUGUCGCUAUAGAGAAGGAAAUACGCGACAGGGCGAAAGACCCGUGCUAAAAUGCCAACACAUGAUAAAAAUGUAAGAGAAGCAGCCAA